AUGCCACCAAAACCAAGGGCCAGCCGGAAGCUUCCUUCAAGCAAUCGGAUCACUCGAAAGCAAGCCACCGAUUCUAGACCUGAAGAUAACACUGAUGAGCCAGCUGUGGUGGCACUGUCAAAGAAACGGAAAAAUCGACCAGUGGAACCAGAUGAAGAAGAAGGCUCCGAAGAAGCUCUUGAAGAGAUCGAUGUAUCAGGAAAGCGGUCGCGAACACGUCUCUUGGAGCUCCUUGACAAUCACAUCACCAAGAAGAAAGCAAGACAUUCAAAGAAAAAAACAGCAAAAAAACGGCCUCGUUCAGGUGUGGUUGAAAACAAACAUGUGACUGUUCGAUCUCCAGAAGUUACUUCUGAUACAAUUCCAAGUACCAAAGUCAACUACAACAAAUUUGACAAGCAUGAGCUGGUAGAGAUUUUGCGUGAUGUCGGCAUAGACGCUUCUGGAAUGGAAAAAGAUAGAUUGGUUGAAACUUGCGGAUUUUACAUAGAUCUUAGUGGAUCAACUGGCGAUAUCAUUGUGGAUGAGCCUUCGGACACGUUCAUCCCCAGCUUAGACACGGGCGACUUAGCCGAGACACUCCAAGUCAGCCGAGCCUCGACGAUCGCCCAGUCGGUUCUGGCUUUCCCGAAUCCAGACCCCAGGAGUUCUCUGGUCCGCCCGAGCUUCAAUGGGGUUGUCCGCCGGUUAUCCGGUGGCGGCAAGGAGAGAUCUGCCAAUUCUGCCAAUGCCAUGAUCCAUCUGAACUCAACAAGCCGUCAACAACGUCCCUCACCUUCGCCUCACGAGGCUAUGAUGAUGCCAAAUUUUAAACAGCCCUUCUCUCACAUGGCCUUGAGAAAGGCACUGACGAACCCAUACAUCAAUGCAGAGAUCACACGAGAUGAUUCUCACAAGAAUCGCGGGUUCAGAAAUAAGAUGAAAGAGAUUUCACGUGAGUGUGAAUCCCAUAUUGGGGAACACACUUUAUUGAUCAAUGAGAUCAAAUCAUCAGAAAGAAAGAAAACACCGCAUUGGGAAAAGUCGUACGACUUUUCCGAAGGCGCAUGA